AUGUUUGGUGCAACUUGUUCAGUUAUCAACAAGAUCUCAAAUGAGGGAGCUAAUUAUUCUCAACGUGGUGAUGCUGAAGCGGCUUACAUGAUAUUAACAUCAUUUGAAUUUAUUUUGAUGUUGCAUUUGAUGAAAGAAAUUAUGAGACUCAAGAAUAUGCUUCGCCAAACUUUGCAACAAAAGUCACUAGACAUUUUAAAUGUCAUGAGUCAAGUUUCAACUACACAAUUACUCAUUCAAAAGAUGAGAGAUGAUGGGUGGGAGCCUUUGCUUGCUACUGUUAAAUCAUUUUGUGAAGAAAAUGAUAUUGAUAUUCAUGAUAUGAAUGCUCAUUACACUAGAGUUCGAGGUAGAUCUCGUCGUCAAGAUGAAGGGUCUCCGACAAUAAUGGAGCAUCAUUUUAGAGUUGAUAUAUUUACUGCUGCAAUAGACUUCCAGUUACAAGAAUUGAAAAAUAGAUUUAGUGAGCAAGCUGUGGAACUCCUCACUCUUAGCGUCGCUUUAAGCCCUAAAGAUGCAUACAAAUCAUUUAAGAUUGAUGAUAUAUUGUUGACUCUCCCUGUUUCUACUGCAACUACAGAACGAGCUUUUUCUGCCAUGAAACUUAUAAAGACUAGAUUGCGUACUAGAAUGCAAGAUGAGUUUCUUGCAGACCAUUUGGUAGUUUAUAUUGAGAAAGAAAUUGCUAAGAAUUUCACUUCAGAGAUAAUAAUGGAUGAAUUUUAUCCCAUUAGUGAUUGUCGCCGAGCAUAA